AUGGUCACGUUCCAACCACCACCAGAACUUUCGCUCAAAGAUCCGCCCAAAGUUGCACCGGAGCUUGUCGCACCGGAGCCUGAGCAUUGCCCCGGCCCUGAGUCGCAGAAUGCAGGCAAAUCAGACGCCUGUGCCGGUUGUCCCAACCAAGCAAUAUGUGCCUCAGCUCCCAAAGGCCCCGAUCCUGAUCUCCCAAUCAUAACGUCCCGCCUUUCCUCGAUCCGUCACAAACUGCUCGUCCUCAGUGGCAAAGGUGGCGUCGGCAAGUCAACUUUCUCGACGAUGCUCUCCCACGGCUUCGCUUCCGUAUCCCCAGAAACUCAAGUGGGAAUAAUGGACAUCGACAUAUGUGGCCCUUCGAUACCCAAAAUGCUCGGCGCGGAUAAUGAAAGCAUUCACGUUAGUAGUUCCGGGUGGAGUCCCGUUUAUGUGGCGGAUAACUUAUGCUUGAUGAGUAUACAAUUCAUGCUGCCAAAUCCCGAUGAUGCGAUUAUCUGGCGAGGGGCAAAGAAGAACGGGAUGAUUAAGAGGUUUUUGAAGGAUGUGGAGUGGGGCGAGCUGGAUUGGUUGGUGGUUGAUACACCGCCGGGAACGAGCGAUGAGCAUUUGAGCGUCAACACCUAUAUGAGGGAAUCUGGUGUCAGUGGGGCAGUUGUGGUUACCACGCCGCAGGAGGUAGCCUUGUUAGAUGUUAGAAAGGAAAUCGACUUCUGUAGGAAAGCAGGGAUACGGGUGCUUGGGAUUGUUGAGAAUAUGUCCGGAUUUGUGUGUCCGAAUUGUAAGGGCGAGAGUCAAAUAUUCAGGGCUACAACGGGAGGAGGUGAGGCGCUAGCGAAGGAAGUUGGAGUAGAGUUCUUAGGAAGAGUACCGUUGGACCCGAGGAUUGGAAUGGCUUGUGAUUAUGGAGAGAGUUUCUUCGAUGCCUACCCGGAUUCUCCUGCGUGCAAGGCAUUAAUGGAUGUCGUGGGGAAGGUCAGGAAACUGGUCGGUGAUGACGAUGAUGACGCUGGUGAUGCUGAGGACGAAUAG